GCAGGGCCCGUGCGGGGCGGAGCCGCGGGACGGGCAGCAGGGCCGAGGAGCACGGCCGCGCCCGGCCCUUCCCGCUGCCCUGCGGAGCCCCGCCGCGGCCCUUCCCGCCCGGAGAGCAGAGGCACCGGGGAGGGGAGCGGGGACCGCAGGAUCAUGGAUUUCCCAGGACACUUUGAGCAAAUCUUUCAGCAGCUCAACUACCAGAGGCUUCAUGGCCAGCUUUGUGACUGCGUCAUUGUGGUGGGGAAUAGGCACUUCAAAGCUCACCGGUCAGUGCUGGCAGCGUGCAGCACACACUUCCGAGCCCUCUUCACUGUGGCUGAAGGUGACCAGACCAUGAACAUGAUCCAGCUGGACAGUGAGGUGGUGACGGCGGAGGCCUUCGCUGCCCUCAUAGACAUGAUGUACACCUCCACACUCAUGCUUGGGGAGAGCAACGUCAUGGAUGUCCUGCUGGCUGCCUCCCAUCUGCACUUGAACUCUGUGGUGAAAGCCUGCAAGCACUACUUGACCACCAGGACACUGCCCAUGUCCCCACCAAGCGACCGCGUCCAGGAACAGAACGCGCGCAUGCAGAGGUCCUUCAUGCUGCAGCAGCUGGGGCUGAGCAUCGUCAGCUCUGCCCUCAGCUCCACACAGAGCACAGAGGAGCCAGCGGGCGCCAUGGGCUCGUCUGCGCGGGGCCCUGUGGAGCAGCGCGCACCCUUCCCCAUGCGCCGUCUGCACAAGCGCAAGCAGUCCUCUGAGGAGCGCGCGCGGCAACGCGUCCGGCCCGCCAUAGACGAGGCCGUAGCUGAUGCGGCCGCCGAGAGUGGGCCCUCCGUAGUGCACUCCCGGGAGGACUUCUUCUCACCAGACUCGCUGAAGAUGGUGGACAAUUCCAAGGCUGACACUGCUGCGGAUAACCAGGAGGACAACACCAUCCUGUUUGACCAGUCCUUUGGUGCUCAGGAGGAUGCCCAGGUGCCCAGCCAGUCCGACAACAGUGGAGGAAACAUCUCGCAGCUCUCCAUGGCAUCCCAAGCAACGCAGGUGGAAACCAGCUUUGACCAGGAGGCUGCUUCUGAGAAGACCAGCUUCCCCUGUGAGAACCCAGAGGUCAGCCUGAAUGAGAAGGAGCACAUGAGGGUGGUAGUGAAGUCGGAGCCCCUGAGCUCCCCAGAGCCGCAGGAUGAAGUGAGCGAUGUCACUUCCCAGGCGGAAGGCAGUGAGUCUGUGGAAGUGGAAGGAGGGGUGGUGAGCGCGGAGAAGAUUGAGCUGAGUCCUGAGAGCAGUGACCGCAGCUUCUCUGACCCACAGUCCAGUACCGAUAGGGUGGGAGACAUCCACAUCAUGGAGGUGUCAAACAACCUGGAGCACAAGUCAACUUUCAGCAUCUCCAGUUUCCUGAACAAGAGCAGAGGGGGAGGCUAUGGCACUGGCCAGAGCAACGAUGACAACAUCCCAAACACUACCAGUGACUGCAGGAUGGACAGCAGGAUGGACAGCGACGCUUCCUAUCUGAUAAGCCCAGAGUCAGGGCCUGCUGGCAGCCAUUCCUCCACCACCGUGUCCCAUGUGGAGAACCCCUUCAGCGAGCCUGCAGACUCCCACUUUGUGCGGCCCAUGCAGGAAGUGAUGGCUCUGCCCUGUGUGCAGACCUCGGGCUACCGGGGGGCCGAGCAGUUUGGCAUGGAUUUCCCACGCUCAGGCCUGGGGCUGCACUCCCUGUCAAGGGCUGUGAUGGGCUCUGUGAGAGGUGGAGCCAGCGGCUUCCCUGGCUACCGCCGCAUUGCGCCCAAAAUGCCCGUGGUGACCUCAGUGCGGAGCUCCCAGCUGCAGGACACCUCCUCGGGCUCUCAGCUGAUGAUGAAUGGCAGCACCUCCUUCGACGGUGGGCACCCCUCGCAACCCGGCCCACCGCAGCUGACCAGGGCCUCCGCAGAUGUGCUGUCCAAAUGCAAGAAGGCUCUGUCAGAACACAACGUGCUGGUGGUGGAGGGUGCGCGCAAGUACGCCUGCAAGAUCUGCUGCAAGACCUUCCUGACGCUGACGGACUGCAAGAAGCACAUCCGCGUGCACACAGGCGAGAAGCCCUAUGCCUGCCUCAAAUGUGGCAAGCGCUUCAGCCAGUCCAGCCACCUCUACAAGCACUCCAAGACCACCUGCCUGCGCUGGCAGAGCAGCAACCUGCCCAGCACUUUGCUUUAGCCCCCUGCCCUGGGCCCAGGAGCACCGCUGUCAGAGGUGCCCGGCUCCCUGCAGGGCUGUGGGCCCGGGGGGACGCUGAAGGUGUGAUGGUGCCACACACUCAAAAGUCUUGGUUCUGUCGAUUGGGGAUAUUUUCUGUACCUACCUCACAGGGGUGUUGUGAGGCUUCAACAGUUGUCAGCAGAGAACCUCACUGUUCUCGGCGGCCACCGUGGGCAUGAGCAGCAUUUCCAUGGUGGGCGUUCAGGCCUUGGGCUGCUGGGGAUGCAAUCCUCGCAGCCAGGCAGUUCCUUUGCAGGGCAGAGGGGUCAGAGCGUAGUGAUCUCAUGAAGUAGCAGGUUUGAAAAGUGAGAAACUGAAGUGCAAAUUUCCUCUUUAUUACUUUUUUUUCCUUAUUUAGUACUUUGUAACAGUGGAAGCAUUUAAAGAAGUGACCUGUAAGACAAAUUGCCGCACUAUAUGCAGGCAGCAGUGCAGGAGCCGCAUGCUGGCAGCUGAAGCAGGCUGCCAGGGUUUGCAAACCCACCUGGGCUGCAGCUGCCCGGCAGAAUGCUUCACAGUGUGCUCAGUAUAGUGUAGGGUUAUGGAUGUCUGUUUGGCUGUUCGUAGUAAAGGACACUGUGUGUUGGAGGUGCUUCAGUUAAUCCAAGACAGGUGACUACACAUCCCCCGUCUGCAGCCCGCCUGGCUGUGUGGCCGGGGGGACUCCUUUCUGUAGGGCCUUGUAUCCAGUGGUAAGUGAAGUACUGUUUCUUGUGCGUGCUACUCCUAGCAGUAUUUUAACCAGUUUGUAUCUCCUAUGUUACAAUUCUAUAUACACAGAGUCUGGAAGAGCUCAUUUUCUGCUUUGUUGCUAUGAGGGAGAGGGACGAUUGGUGAUGGCUUUUUUCCGUGCAGGGUGCUCUCCCACCAUUCCCAGACACUGACAGUCCCCCUGUCCCUGUCCCCAUGCGAGCACUGUCCUCUGACAUUCUUAUCUCCAGGCUUUGGUUUCCUUCUCUGCACACUGACUGCCUUUCCCUCACAGCUGAGAUCAGAUCACUGAGAAAUGGUCCUCCUUUGCCACAUUUACUUGCCUCUGUAUGAUGCAGUUGCCUCUGGCAGCCCUUGCCCUGACAGCAGUGCCACAGAUGUGCACUAAAGCACUCCAGGGUGAGUUUAACUGCAGAGAGCAGUGCUGCACCCUCAGUGCAGCAGAAACCCCCUGACCAGGGCACACUGCAACUCUUGGUUUGAUUUCCUCCUCUUUGCUGCCUUCACGGCUGUCACUGCCUGCAGCUGCUGUUUUCUCCUGGCUGAAGACACCUAAGCUAAGAACUGGUGAUCAGCACAUGCAGUCUCUAAACCAUAUUUUGGAGCCCAUCUGCUUGCAGAUGCUGCUCUGCCAGACAGGAGCGGGUCAGGGCUGCAGUGUGUCCAUGCUGCUUAGGAGGGACAGAGGCCUCCUGGUGCCCAAGUCACAGAGCAGCAGCUUUAUGUUCAUAAAAAAAGGAUUUCCCACUCUUUGCUUUAUUCAGUGCAGUAAAUGUGCCCUGUGUGAGACGACUCAGUGGUCAGAGUGGGCUGGUCAGCCCUUAGCAGCUUUCUUAAACAUCUCAGACUACAGUGGACCAAAGGUCAAAUCGCAGCCCACAGUCCCACAGGUCACUGAGUGGUGUGAGCUGUCCGGGCUGCAGAAGCACAGACAGCACACAGACACUGUCAGGCCAAAGGGGACAUGGGAUGGAAGCCUAUCUGCAGGUGGCUGUGAGUCAGUAGUCUGCUGAGGAGGAAACCUGUCUCCAUCUCAGUUACACUGCUGCACCCAUGGGUCAUCUCCCCCAUGCACCCCAGGGAAAAGAAGGAGGAGGCCUAGGAUCAGCUGCUGCAAGAGGCCAGGGGUUUGUUACACGUUUGUGGAGCUGUCAGUUCUGGGCUCUGGCUCUGAGAGCGUUGAGGGAACUGCAUUUUGUAAAGCACUGGGUUGUGCCACUUUUUGUUUGAUAACAGUUUUGAUAUUGGGGGAUUAACAGCAUUGAGCCAGCCUAAACUAUCUCACUGAAACAUCAAUAAAAUGCAGUAUUUUGUACUUUAUACUCUCUUGUGUGGCCUCAUUGAUAGCAUUCCAACUGUUUCAGCUUCCCUCCAUUUCUAGUGUUUUGUUUUAGAAGGAGGGGGUGGGGAUGGACAUUCUCCUCCUGUAGCACAUAGAAAUUCUUUCAGUUCUUGGAACACAGGAAUAGACUGUCUGAGAGGAGACUGCUGUAAGAACUAGCGUGAGCAUAUGAAGAUACUUAAUUGUGCUUCUGAUGUGUUCUCAUCAAGAUUUCAGUGUCAUUGUGAGACACCAGACCCAGCAGGAGCACUGCUGUCUUCCUUCACGGGGAAAACUGCUGGAACACUUUUGGAGGUAGCAGCUUUAAGUUUCAUUAUUCACUGGCGUCUGGAAGAGCACUGCACACCCAGGAGCCUGUGGCCAGCCUGUUCUUUAGUCUUCCACUCUGAAGCAAUAGUGUCUCCAGAUGGCCACCUCAGCUGUGACAUGAGUCUCCGGGCCCACAGCCUGGUGAGAGGGGUCACCACUUGUGCUCAGGACUUCACAGAUGCUGCAGGAGCUAUCACAUAAAGCUGUCAUUUUGUUGGUAUGAUGAAACACCUGAAAAUAAACCCUACGUAUUUGUGCUGCA